AUGUCUACUUUAACCACUUCUCAGGCUCUGGCCAUUCAGGCGCCUCUGCCGUCGCCCCCAUCCGCCGUCGUGCUCUUCGCACGAAUGCAGUUCCGCUACGAAAACAAAAUCCUCGACGCCCAGGGAAAACGCUCGGUUUUCUGCGACGUCUACGACCUCAUCAUCCCGCCCACGUCGCCCCUCAAAGUGGGCACCUUCGUCCACAUCUGCGGCGUUGGGCCCAAGGUCCCUCAUCCCUGCCCCGUCCAUCCGGGGCCCCACCGCCGCCGGGGUGCCGCGUGCGCCUGCGCCGUCACAGAGCAAUUCUGCUACACCGCCUACGACGCCAAGAUCUCUGGGUUCGUCAAGCUCGUCAACGUCCUUGACCAGACAUGCAUCGGGGAUCAGCACAACAACGGGCCGAUCGUUGAGUUUAUGGUCGAGAACACGCACCCUGAGGCGAGCCAGGUGAAGCAUGUCGUCGUCGCCGCGACGUGCAUUCACGGGAAGACCGUCGCGGCAGACGCAGAGUGGGGCAGUGGGGCGGACACUCUGACGCCACAGCGGAACCCGAUGCAGUUUAUGGAUUGGGAGAUCAAUAUCGCUGUGCUCCCCGACUGGUGA